AACCAGCCAGGGGUUGGUGAGGUUAUAACGGACCGGAUAGACGACUAUGUCUGGUGGAAAGUUACUAGCCUUCUCGGACUCUCCCCGCCAGAGCGAGGCGGGCGGGGACGAGGAGAGAUUGUUCCUGUGUCACGUGACACCCAGGAAGCCUCUGAGGAGAACCCCCUCGCAAAAUGGCGGCGGCAGCAGCUUUCGAACGUGCGCCUCCGUCCCCCAAGGCAACGGCGGAAGCCAUCGCGGUGGUCGUAGGCGGGAAGUGAGGUUUUCUGAGGAAGUACUCGAGUACUCGACUGCGGGGACUAAGCCGAGGCCGCACGGCUUUGCGAUGUCGGGAAGACGGCUUACCAGGAGGGCUGUAAAAGAUGAAAGAGAGGCGGCGGCGGCGGCGGCAGAAGAGGAAGAAGAACAUGGUGUGGAGUUCCAACCGGCAUGGCUGACCGAGAAGGAAACAAGGACCGAGCAGCAGCAUCCCAAAGAGGAGCAACUAGCUGGAUCUUUCAAAGAAGAAUGUUCCUCAAGUGAAACCAGAAACCGAGCGUCCAACAAAAAUUUUAAUGGCAAAAUGCAAAUACAGACAGGAAAUACAGGUAACAUUGAAGUGUCAGGUGUCAUUCUCACUCGACAGCCUAUUAGGACCGCAAAAGAAGGUAAUCCUCCUUCCCUACUCCGAACUCCCGAGCUCAAGAGAUCUUUGAAAGGUUCUUUUUCAGAUUCAGCGCAGAAUUCGGAGGAAUUAAGGCACAGAAAACAAACAAAGGCUGCCAUAAUAUUAGCAGAUCACAAAAUCACAAAGUAUGAGAAGCUCAGUGUUCUACAGAAGAAGGAUCUACAGACUGCUUUAAAAAUUUCUACACCUGAAAGAAGAUACUCACUUGCAGCAAUUGUGAUAUUUUUGGCAACUUGCAUUGCUGCUGGUGGAUGGUAUAUAUUUCAGUAUUCAUCAAUUCAUGCUUCAGAAAUUGAUUAUAAAGUUCUACAAGCAUUUAAAAACCAGAUGAAAGAGCUCAGGAACACCUAUCCAAGUCAAGACGCAAUAGUGUGGAACAGAAUCCAAGGUACUUUUGAGAAACGUCUAAAUUCUUCUCACACUCAUUUGGAACCAGCUAUUUUAUUGCUCACCGCUUCAAAGGAAGCUGAAGAUGUGUUGAAGUGUUUAAGCAACCAGAUUGCUGAUGCUUUCUCAUCUUCUCAAGGUGCACUUUCAAUUAAAAUUGAUGGGGCCAGCACAAGAGCUCAAGAUAGUGAUGUUGUCAAACUUACUGUUGAUGAAAAGCUGAGCUCUGGUUUUGAGAAUGGUAACAAAGCAGCAGUAGUCCAUCGGUUUGACUCAUUACCUGCAGGUUCCACCUUGAUUUUCUAUAAGUACUGUGACCAUGAAAAUGCAGCAUUUAAAGAUGUGGCUUUACUAUUAACUGUUGUUCUGGAUGGGGAGUCCCUGAAAAAGAGCUUUUCCUUGUUGGAAGUCGAGGAAAGAGUGAAAGAUUUCCUCUGGGCUAAAUUUACUAACUCAAACACACCAAAGUCCUAUAACUACAUGGAUACAGACAAGUUGAGUGGCUUGUGGAGUCGCAUAUCCCAUCUUGUCUUACCUGUAUGGCCAGAAAAUUUCCUCCCUCAGGAAAAAUGCUUGCAGAUGAAAUAACUUAAGAAAAGGGAGCAAGAAGAAAAUAUCUUACAACACAAUAUGUACUGUAUAAAUCUGUUAAUGUUUAUAUAAUGAGAAGAUUGCAAUUUACUAAUCAGAAUUACUAAAGUUAAUAGGUGAUUCAAUAUCAAAAUAAAAUUUCUCCUUCAUAAGGAAGCUGGUAAUCUAUAAAGAACUUGUAGACCUUUAACAUAAUUCUAGUGAUUUGUUGGAAAUCAAGAUUUUAUACUGAGAGGAAAAAAUCUUGUUGUUCAAGCCCACCCAACUUUGUGUAAUAUGAAUUUUUUAAAGCAUCAAAAUCCUUUUAAAAAUACUGUGUUUGUGAGCAACAAGGUAAUGAAUUAUAGUACAUGAUUUUGUCUUUCUGUGCUUGACAUUUACUGGACUGCAAAGCUGAAGUUGACACCAGGUUUUCCUAUAGCCUAAGAAUAAUUCUGUCUUACUCCAUUUCCCAAAACUGCAUUCAAAAAAAUCUUGUAACUAGAUUUUGUAAAUUUCUGCUUUGGCUACAAAAUUAUGUAAGAUGUUAGCCUGUGUCCAGUCAACUCAAUGACAGACUGUUUCUCUCAUUUGAAAAUGGCCUGUAGAUAUAUAAUAUGUAUGCGUCCAAACAAUUAUAGUUAUGUCAAUCCAAAAA